UGUUCCCGGGGGCGGCGGUUGCCCGGAUGGGCCGUUAGUCGGAGCCCAGCCGCGGAGUGAGCGAGGGAGACGGGAGGAGCCGAGCCCGGCGCCAUCCGCCGCCAUCCGCCCCCGCCCUGUCGCCAUCCGCCCCGGGGAGCCUCUAAGCCCGGGUCCCGGACUCCCGCGCACCCGGCCAGUCUGUAAAGAGGGCAGAAACCGAGCCGCCUACUGUCUGGCCCACAGGCACCGGCACGUUUUGGGGGAGGUGCCUGCAGGACACAACGUACUCAAUGAGCUUCCAGCGCGAUGUCCGAUCGCUCGGGGCCGACUGCCAAGGGGAAGGAUGGAAAGAAGUAUUCCUCGCUCAACCUGUUUGAUACGUAUAAGGGCAAGUCCUUAGAGAUCCAGAAACCCGCUGUUGCCCCUCGCCAUGGCCUGCAGAGUCUCGGGAAAGUUGCCAUUGCCCGGCGUAUGCCGCCCCCAGCCAACCUUCCAAGCCUGAAAGCCGAGAACAAAGGCAACGACCCCAAUGUCUCACUAGUGCCGAGAGACGGAACAGGAUGGGCGAGCAAACAGGAGCAGUCCGACCCCAAGAGUUCCGAUGCCUCAACUGCUCAGCCGCUGGAAUCGCAGCCACUGCCGGCUUCACAGACGCCUGCCUCCAACCAGCCGAAACGACCCCCAACAGCCCCCGAGAAUACUCCUUCCGUUCCAAGCGGGGUAAAGUCCUGGGCACAAGCCAGCGUCACCCAUGGAGCACAUGGAGAUGGUGGAAGGGCAUCAAGCCUACUGUCGCGAUUCUCUCGAGAGGAAUUUCCGACCCUGCAGGCGGCUGGCGACCAGGACAAGGCUGCCAAGGAAAGGGAGUCUGCCGAACAGUCGUCUGGGCCCGGACCAAGCCUCCGCCCCCAAAAUUCUACAACUUGGAGGGACGGAGGUGGGCGUGGCCCUGAUGAGCUGGAGGGCCCGGACUCCAAACUUCAUCACGGUCAUGACCCCCGGGGUGGGCUGCAGCCUUCAGGCCCACCCCAGUUCCCUCCCUACCGCGGAAUGAUGCCGCCCUUUAUGUAUCCCCCAUAUCUCCCAUUCCCUCCACCCUAUGGACCCCAGGGGCCUUACCGAUACCCGACUUCUGACGGGCCCGGCCGUUUCCCCCGUGUGGCGGGCCCCCGGGGCUCAGGGCCACCAAUGCGCCUUGUGGAGCCUGUAGGUCGACCUUCUAUUCUUAAAGAGGAUAAUCUCAAAGAGUUUGACCAGUUGGACCAGGAGAAUGAUGAUGGUUGGGCAGGUGCUCACGAGGAGGUCGACUACACUGAAAAGCUCAAGUUCAGCGAUGAGGAAGAUGGGCGAGACUCUGAUGAGGAGGGAGCUGAGGGCCGCAAGGACUCCCAGUCGGCUGCUGGUGAGGAACGGCCCCCUGAAGCAGAUGGCAAAAAGGGCGCCUCCCCUGGCAGCGAACCGCCCCCUCCCAAGACGGCCUGGGCAGAGACCUCUCGGCCUCCAGAGACAGAGCCGGGGCCUCCUGCCCCAAAGCCUCCCCCACCCCCACCUCACAGGGGCCCCGCUGGGAACUGGGGCCCCCCUGGGGAUUACCCAGAUCGUGGGGGUCCUCCCUGCAAACCCCCAGCACCCGAAGACGAGGAUGAGGCAUGGCGGCAGCGACGGAAGCAGUCUUCAUCCGAGAUCUCCCUGGCGGUGGAACGGGCACGGCGACGACGGGAAGAGGAGGAGCGUCGCAUGCAGGAGGAGCGCCGGGCGGCCUGCGCUGAGAAGCUCAAGCGGCUUGAUGAAAAGUUUGGGGCUCCUGAUAAGCGGCUCAAAGCAGAGCCUGUGGCCCCACCUGCUGCCCCUCCUGCCCCAGCUCUACCACCUGUAGUCCCCAAAGAACUCCCUGCACCUCCAGCUCCACCGCCAGCGCCAGCCCCUCCACCAGAGAAAGAAGCUGAAGAGCCAGCACCGGCCCCUCCUGCCCAGUCCACCCCCAGUCCAGGUGUGGCUCCAGCUCCCACUCUGGUGAGUGGUGGUGGCACUACCAGUAGCACCAGCAGUGGCAGCUUCGAAGCCAGCCCAGUGGAACCCCAACUGCCUUCAAAAGAGGGUCCUGAACCACCAGAAGAGGUUCUUCCACCCACCACACCCCCAGCCCCAAGGGUGGAACCCAAGAGUGAUGGAGUUGCUCCUACUCGGCAGCCCCCCAGCCAGAGCUUGGGCUAUCCCAAAUAUCAAAAGUCAUUGCCACCUCGUUUCCAGCGGCAGCAGCAGGAGCAGCUCCUGAAGCAGCAGCAGCAGCAGUGGCAGCAGCAGCAGCAGCAAGGCUCUGCCCCUCCCACCCCAGUGCCCCCAUCACCACCACAGCCUGUGCCACUGGGGGCUGUCCCUGCCCCACAGGCACCACCCCCACCCCCUAAAGCCCUGUACCCAGGUGCUCUGGGCCGGCCCCCACCAAUGCCUCCAAUGAACUUUGAUCCCCGCUGGAUGAUGAUCCCUCCUUAUGUGGACCCUCGGCUCCUCCAGGGCCGGCCCCCUCUGGACUUCUACCCUCCUGGUGUGCAUCCCUCUGGCCUCGUUCCCCGGGAACGCUCAGACAGUGGGGGCUCAAGCUCAGAGCCAUUUGAACGCCACGCGCCCCCUCUGUUACGGGAACGGGGCACCCCACCAGUGGACCCAAAGUUGGCCUGGGUGGGAGAUGUCUUUACCACCACACCCACUGACCCUCGCCCUCUAACCUCACCCCUGCGCCAGGCAGUGGAUGAGGAAGACAAGAAUAGGAGGAGCGAGACUCCUCCAGUACCUCCCCCACCACCCUAUCUGGCCAGUUACCCAGGUUUUCCCGAGAAUGGAGCCCCUGGGCCCCCAAUCUCUCGCUUUCAUCUGGAGGAGCCAGCCCCCUCAGGGCCCCGUCCACUUCCCUGGCCCCCAGGAAAUGAUGAGGCUACCAAGAUACAAGCUCCAGCACCCAAGAAGGAGCCCCCCAAGGAGGAAACACCACAGCUGCCAGGGCCAGAAGCAGGCAGAAAACCUGUCCGUGGAGUGGGAGGCGGAGCCCAAGGCUCUCCAGCACCACGCAGAGAAAGCCGCACAGAGACUCGCUGGGGUCCUCGCCCGGGCAGCAGUCGACGUGGAAUCCCUGCAGAGGAUCCAGGAGCCCCUCCGCGCAGGGCUGGGCCUAUAAAGAAACCACCGCCGCCGGUCAAAGUGGAAGAGCUGCCCCCUAAGCCCCUGGAACCAGGGGAUGAGACUCCCAAGGUCCCAAAGCCAGACCCACUCAAGACAGCCAAGGGGAAGGUGGGCCCCAAGGAGACCCCACCCAGUGGGAACCUUUCUCCUGCACCUAGGCUUCGGAGGGACUAUUCCUAUGAAAGAGUGGGUCCUGCCUCUUGCAGGGGUCGGGGCCGAGGCGAGUAUUUUGCCAGAGGAAGGGGUUUUCGGGGGACCUAUGGGGGCCGGGGUCGAGGAGCCCGGAGCCGAGAGUUCCGCAGUUACCGGGAGUUUCGUGGAGAUGAUGGGCGUGGAACGGGGGCAGGGGGCGCAAAUCACCCCCCUGUUCCCCGAGGUCGUACUGCCAGUGAAACACGAAGUGAGGGGUCAGAGUAUGAAGAAAUCCCCAAGAGACGCCGGCAACGGGGCUCGGAAACGGGCAGUGAGACCCAUGAGAGCGACCUGGCGCCCUCUGACAAGGAAGCUCCCCCACCCAAGGAGGGAGUGCUCACCCAGGUUCCUCUUGCACCCCUGCCACCAGGAGCCCCCCCGGCCCCGGCCCGCUUUGCUGCUGCCCGGGGUGGGCGAGUCUUCACGCCAAGAGGAGUACCGUCGCGCCGUGGCCGAGGGGGCGGGAGGCCCCCUCCUGUCUGCCCAGGCUGGAGCCCUCCCUCCAAGUCCCUGGUUCCAAAGAAAAUUCCAGCAGGCCCUUUGCCCCCAAGUAAGGAGCCUUUGAAAGAGAAGCUGAUUCCAGGGCCUCUGUCUCCCAUGUCCCGAGGUGGCAACAUGCUCAUAGGCAUGGAGGAUGGGGAGCGACCCCGACGGAGGCGGCACGGCAGGGCUCAGCAGCAGGACAAACCGCCUCGCUUCCGGAGGCUGAAACAAGAACGCGAGAAUGCUGCCAGAGGAGCCGAGGGCAAGUCCCCUUCCCUCGCCCUCCCACCCGCCACCCCUGCUCCAGAGGAGACCCUGGCAACAGCUGCAGUCCCCCCACCACCUCGUCGGGCAGCCGCCAAGUCUCCUGACCUCUCAAACCAGAACUCGGACCAAGCCAAUGAGGAAUGGGAGACUGCGUCAGAGAGCAGCGACUUCGCCAGUGAGCGCCGGGGUGACAAGGACUCUCCCCCAGCAGCACUGAUGGCCCCCAAAGCCGUGGGGACUCCUGGGGGCAGUGCAGGUGGGUCUGGAUCGGGCACGUCAACCAUGUCCCGCGGAGAUCUGAGCCAGAGAGCCAAGGAUUUGAGCAAGCGGAGCUUCUCGAGUCAGCGGCCAGGCAUGGACCGACAAAACCGGCGCCCGGGCCCUGGGGCCAAGACUGGCAGCAGUGGUGGCGGCAGCGGAGGUGGUGGCGGGGGCCCUGGGGGAAGGACUGGCCCCGGGCGAGGGGACAAGAGGAGCUGGCCAUCUCCCAAGAAUCGAAGCCGUCCUCCCGAGGAGCGUCCCCCGGGACUUCCCCUGCCUCCCCCGCCCCCCAGCAGUUCUGCUGUCUUCCGCCUGGACCAAGUUAUCCACAGCAACCCUGCUGGCAUCCAACAGGCUCUGGCCCAGCUUAGCAGUCGCCAAGGAAAUGUAACUGCUCCAGGGGGGCACCCAAGGCCUAAGCCUGGGCCUCCCCAAGCCCCUCAGGGCUCCUCCUCUCGGCCCCCAACCCGAUAUGACCCCCAGAGGGCCAGCAACAGCAUCGGUUCUGACCCCCACUUCGAGGAGCCAGGGCCGAUGGUGAGGGGGGUGGGCGGGACUCCCCAGGACUCUGCCGGGGUUAAUCCCUUCCCCCCGAAACGGCGGGAGCGGCCUCCCCGAAAACCGGAGCUGCUGCAGGAGGAAUCCCUGCCAGCUUCUCAUAGCUCUGGAUUCUUAGGCUCUAAGCCUGAAGUGCCAGGCCCUCAAGGAGAAUCCAGAGAUGCAGGCCCAGAGGCCCUGACCCCCCACAUCUGGAAUCGUUUACAUACUGCCACAAGCCGAAAGAGUUACCGGCCUGGCUCCAUGGAGCCCUGGAUGGAGCCCCUGAGUCCCUUCGAGGAUGUGGCAGGCACAGAAAUGAGUCAGUCUGACAGUGGGGUGGACCUGAGUGGGGAUUCUCAGGUGUCAUCAGGUCCCUGCAGCCAGCGAAGUUCCCCUGAUGGAGGACUCAAGGGGGCAGCAGAGGGACCCCCCAAGCGGCCUGGAGGCCCCUCACCCCUGAAUGCUGUUCCUGGUGAGGGUCCACCUGUCUCUGAACCGUCUGAACCUCCUAGGAGACGGCCACCUGCCCCCCAUGAUGGGGACAGAAAGGAUCUGCCCAGGGAGCAGCCUCUGCCCCCUGGCCCCAUAGGCACAGAACGAUUACAGCGUACAGAACGAGGCCCAGAACCAGCCCCCCUGCGGCCAUCCCAUCGACCUGGCCCCUCGGUUGAGUUUGGCACUAGCAGCAAGGACACAGACUUGCGCCUAGUGAUAGGAGACAGUUUAAAGGGAGAGGACCUAACAGCAUCUGUCACAGAGGCCAUCCCCAUAUCCCGGGACUGGGAGCUGCUCCCCGGCUCUUCUGCCUCAGCUGAGCCACAAUCCAAGAGCCUGGGUUCUGGACAUUGUGGCCCAGAGCCCAGCCCCUCAGGCCAUCGCCUAUACCCUGAGGUCUUCUAUGGCGGCCCUGGGCCUCCCAGUUCCCAGCAGGUCUCUGGGGGUGCCACCGACUCUCAGCUGCAUCCCAACAGUGGAGGCUUCCGCACUGGGACACCCUCGCUGCACCCAUACAGGUCACAACCCCUGUACCUGCCCCCAGGCCCAGCCCCUCCCUCAGCACUCCUCUCUGGGGUAGCUCUCAAGGGCCAGUUUCUGGAUUUCUCCGCAUUGCAAGCCACGGAGCUGGGGAAGUUGCCUGCUGGGGGCGUUCUCUACCCUCCACCAUCCUUCCUCUACUCUCCAGCUUUCUGCCCCAGUCCUUUGCCCGACCCACCCUUGCUUCAGGUACGCCAGGAUCUGCCAUCUCCUUCAGAUUUUUACUCUGCUCCUCUGCAGCCUGGUGGCCAAAAUGGCUUCCUUCCCUCGGGAGCCCCUGCCCAGCAGAUGCUUCUACCUGUGGUAGACUCACAGCUGCCCGUGGUGAACUUCGGCUCCCUGCCACCAGCACCGCCUCCUGCUCCACCUCCUCUUUCUCUGUUACCUCUGGGUCCUGCUCUGCAGCCCCCCAGCCUGGCUGUGCGGCCCCCACCUGCUCCUGCUGCUCGGGUGUUGCCAUCACCUGCCAGGCCCUUCCCACCUAGCUUGGGGCGAGCAGAGCUGCACCCAGUGGAACUAAAGCCGUUCCAGGAUUACCGGAAACUGAGCAGCAACCUUGGGGGUCCUGGGUCAUCACGUACUCCCCCAGUGGGAAGGUCCUUCUCUGGUCUCAACUCCCGUCUCAAGGCCCCACCUUCCACGUACAGCAGAGUAUUCCGCACCCAGCGCAUCGACCUCUACCAGCAGGCCUCCCCACCAGAUGCCCUGCACUGGAUGCCGAAGCCUUGGGAGCGGACAGGGCCACCUCCUCGAGAAGGGCCUUCCCGAAGGGCAGAGGAACCUGGGUCCCGAGGGGACAAGGAACCUGGAUUGCCCCCACCCCACUGAGGGAGUUCCCCCUUGACCCUCACCCCCCAGGGCUUGUAUAUAGAUUAUAAAUAUAUAAGGGGAAAGGGGUGGCUGGGGAGGGGCUGUGGGACUGGAGUCUCACUUCCUUCCCCUCUGCUCUUCCCCUGGUCCCCUAUCCCUGGGGCUGUUUGUUAAAAAAGGAUAAUAAAAGGAUUAAAAAAAAA